AUGAAGGGAAUUAUGUUAAGGGCGGCGCCUCGUCUCUUCCGCGUGCAGAGUAGGUCGCGAACCAUUCAAUUAGCACCGAGACGGGGGUUUGCAACAGCGGCACCUGGAAAAGCCAGCUCAGUCCUAUGUGGCGUUAUCGGUCUAGCUGUCGGUGCUUUCGGCACAUCCGCCGCGUUCUACAGCCUAAACAGCUCGGACCCAAAGCAGAGCAUAACAAAGAGCAUUCCAAGUUAUGCCGAUAAACCAACAAUGCUCAAAGCUGCCAAAGAACUCCAGGAACUCCUUGGCGAAGACGCCGUCAGCAUGGAUAAAGAUGAUCUAGAGAGCCACAGCUACUCAGAAGCAUCGACAUCCAACGUCUCCACGCGCCCCGUCGCCAUCAUCAUGCCCAAAAGCACUGAAGAAGUCUCUCUCAUCGCCAAAAUCUGUACAAAAUACAAGAUCCCCAUGAUCCCCUUCGGCGCCGGAUCAAGCGUCGAAGGCCACUUCAGCGCGCCCUACUCAGGCUUCAGCAUCGACAUGUCCCGCAUGGAUAAGAUCAUCGCUAUUCAUGAUGAAGAUAUGGAUGUCGUAGUGCAACCCGGCGUGAACUGGGUGAAUCUAAACGACACACUGCAAUCUACGGGUCUCUUCUUGCCGCUGGAUCCGAGUCCCACGGCGCAUAUUGGUGGUAUGGUUGCGACUAAUUGUAGUGGAACGAAUGCUAUGCGCUAUGGUACGAUGAAAGACUGGGUUGUUAAUUUGACGGUCGUUCUGGCAGAUGGAACUGUCAUCAAGACCCGUCGGAGACCACGGAAGACGUCGGCUGGGUACAAUCUCAAUGGUCUCUUCACGGGCUCAGAAGGGACAGUCGGUAUUAUCACGGAAGUGACACUGAGGCUAGCCAUCGUACCCUCUCAUUUCGGCGUGGCAACGACAGCAUUCCCCUCCGUUGCAGCAGCUACGAAGGCAGCUACAUCGAUGAUCCGUGGUGGCGUUGCUCUCGCAGCGCUGGAGUUAAUGGACGAUGUCCAAAUGCGAGUAAUCAACCAAACAGGCGGUACAGCCGGGAAAAUGUGGUCCGAAAAACCAACCUUGUUCAUCAAAUUCUCCGGCUCAACACGAGCCGUCGAAGACAGUAUCGCAGCAGCCAAGGCGAUCGCAUCCGCAUACGGUGGAUCCAGCUUCACCGCAUCUCUAGACGAAGUGACCAUGACAGCACUGUGGUCCGCACGCAAACAAGCCCUGUGGGCAAUUCUUUCCGUCCGUCCAGAAGGAACGCAAAUCUGGUCUACGGAUGUCGCAGUGCCACUUUCCAAUCUAGCUGAUAUUGUCGAACAAUCGAAGGAAGACGCUUCGAAGUUGGGAUUGUUCUCGACUGUGCUGGGACAUGUCGGUGAUGGAAACUUCCAUCAGGCGGUUAUGUAUAAUCCUGAUAUUCCGGAGCAAGUGGCGGGCGUCAAGAAAUGCGUUGAUACUAUGAUUGAUCGGGCGUUGGAAAUGGAUGGCACGGUUUCGGGUGAACAUGGGAUUGGACUUGGAAAGAAGCAUUGUCUGGAGAAGGAACUUGGUUCUGUUACUAUUGAUGUUAUGAGGACGUUGAAGCGGAGUUUGGAUCCACAUUGGUUGUUAAACCCUGGGAAGAUUUUGGAUUUUUGA